UUGAGUGGGAAACAUCUUUGAGGAUUUCAGCGGAAAAUAGAAGAUGUCAGAACGUAAAAAAGGUACAAAAAGGUCAGCCGCAGACGCGUCGUCAGAAGCAGCUGCUGAAAACAAUGGAAAUGAAGACAGACCUAAGAAGAAAAUCAGAAAAUUCUCUCAUCGAAGAAACUUUCGAAACAAGAAAAAAUCUGCUCAUUCAACUCCGGCAAUUUCUAUUCCCUUGUUGAACCCGCUCAAAACUAAAGAUAGUACUGAGUUGCCCUGCAUUAGCUCUGACAUGCCUACUUACCUCAAGUUUUACCUCCCAAAGACAGAUUUGAAGCCAGAAUCAUCUGUUCUUUCACUAAUUAAAAUACUUGAGGAUUAUUUUGAACGUAACAUCGAAAGCUACAAAGAACAAGCAGAAACAAUUUUGGAGACACGUACUUUUGACUUAGAUUACCAAAAAUUACUGAAAGAUACAAAACUCAAGGAGGACUUUAAAGAUUUUUCUCGUCAAAUCAGGACCAAUCCAACAGGAACUCUGGCGAUUUGUGGAUUCGCGUUGCAUCAUACGCUGCGGAAGUACAUACCCACUAAGGAAGUUGAUGUGGAACCACUUAAGCCAAAGCUGCAAAAUUACUUUCCCGUUGUGGAGAUACAAGAGGCGGAAAGACACGUCAAUUUAUCGCAAUUGAUGAGUAUUCGAGGAACUGUGAUGCGUGCGAACGCGACAAAAUUUCUUCUUUUGUGGUCGUGUUACGUAUGCAAGAAAUGCAAGGCAAAACAAUUAGUUUAUCAGAUCGAUGGAAAAAUUCAUUUACCGAGCACUUGCCAUGUGAAAAAAUGUCGCAGCAAGAAAAGGAAUAAAUUUCAAAUUGACACCGAAUCGCCUUAUUGUAUCAUUGAACCUGUCCAAGAAAUGCAAAUUCAAAAGACAGACUAUGAUAAGAAAGAAGAAUCUGAAGCAAAAUUUUUGAGAGUAGUAUUGAAGUACGACUUAGUUAAUCAGUUGAUGCCUGGAGAUGAUAUCGUCGUUACGGGAAUUUGUCGUAAUGGUGCCGAUGGAAAUAAAUUUUUUGAUGCAAUCUCUUUUACUCACCAAAACUCAGAAUCUAUGUUGCCGUCCAUAUCCCAGAAUAUUGAAUUGAUGCCAGAAGAUGUGCAAGAAGCGGAAAAAAUAAAGUCGUGUGCGUCUCCAUUUCGGUUAUUAGUGAAUUCCUUGAGGCCAGACUUACAUCAAGUUGAAAUGGUGAAAGCUGGAUUAAUUUUAAGUCUCUUCAGUGGCAAUAUUGAGCGUAGAAAGUGCUUAAACGCACGCGAAAACAUACACAUUCUUAUGGUUGGGGAUCCCGGUAAGGGGAAGAGUGAGUUGCUGAAUGCCUGUUGUACAGUUGCUACUAAAGGAGUGUAUUGUAUAACGACACACUUGUCUAAAACGGGCUUAUUGGGACACGCUCAAAAGAUUAAAGGACAAGUUGUAGUUUCCGGCGGAGCUCUAGUUUCAGCUCACGGAGGGGUUUGUUGCAUUGACGAAAUGGAUAAACAAACAAAAAUGCAUACCGACUUGCUAGAUGGCAUGGAACGACAAAAAAUAAACAUUGCCCGCAAUGGAAUAAACGUUACAAUGAAGUGCCGUACUACUGUAUUGGCUGCUGCAAAUCCAGUUGACGGUAUUUACAACCGAUCUAAAAGCGUUGUUGAAAAUAUCAGAGUUCAUCCGGCUUUAAUAAGUCGAUUUGAUUUAGUGUAUAUUGUUGUCAGUCAGGAAUCACUCCAAAAACUGUCUCGAAGCCGACAAGAAAAAACCGCAGAAAUUGAUGAAAAUGCAAAAUUGGUGUUCGGAGAAAAGAAAUUUGCCGUCGAAGAGUUUCUUCGUCGAGGUAAGAACGAACAGAUGGAACUACUUUCGGAUGACCAAAUCCGAAAUUACAUCAAAUAUGUCCGUAAACGAGUAUUUCCGAAAAUGAGUCCCGAAGCAAUGGCGAAGCUUACGGAAUUCUACAUGGAGCUGCGACACAAACUAUCGAAAUUUGAAAUAUUCGAUGUAACACCUCGUCAAUUUUAUGGCUUGUGUAGACUAGCGUUUGCUCGUGCACGAGUUGAUUCGUCCGAAAAGGUGACAUUGCAGCAUGCUAAUGAUGUAAUUGAGUUAACACGAUACUGCAUGAUUGAUAUUUUCACGACAGAAGACGGAAAGUUGGAGGCACGUGGUGUACAAGGAAGUGGCAUGAGUAAGGCGAAUCAAAAACUAUUCUUUUUAGAACAACUGCAAAAGUUUCGCACUGAAAAAGGACAACACACAUUCAAUAUGGAUCAAUUGAAAAAAGUAAAGGAACACCUCAAACUCGAUUUGGAUGUUCAUGAAAUAGUGGACAGUUUGAACUUACAAGGACAUUUGUUGAUGGUGCAGCCAAAUGUGUACAGAAUUGUUUCUUCGUGAAAAACAAAAACAAUUUUUUUCUGAUGUAUUUUUUUAUUCAAUACAAAUUAAUUUUUGCUGGUCGCUUGUAUAAUUAUUUACAGUAAUUAAAUCAAUGUUUAACACGA